UGAGCCGACUCGUGUGCUCUGGUAUCCCGGUGUCAUGAUGAAGACCGAGAGAGCGUGUACAUCAGCGCACAUGCUUUCCCUCAGCUAAUACUUUAACUAACUCACACUUAGCCAAGAUGGCGGAUUCCUACUCUUGGGACGCUGACAACUUCGAGCCGAUUGAGCCGGUCAGAGACGCCGCCGGGCGGCUUGAUAGAUGGGAAGGCGAGGACGAGGAGGAAGACGUGAAGGAUAACUGGGAUGAAGAGGAGGAGGAGGAGGAGGAGAAGAAGAAGGUAGAAGAGAUCAAACCAGUUGUGAAACCACCUGAAAAGAAGAAAUUGAGUGCAAAAAUAAAAGAGAAAGAAAACUUGCAAAAGAAAAAGCAAGAAGAGUUGCAAAAUAAUGAAACAGAAAUAAAUGAAAAUCUAUCGCCGGAGGAGCAGCUUGCAGAAAAGCUUCGAGUGCAGAAGCUGCAGGAGGAGGCAGAUCUGGAGUUGGCCCGUGAGGCUUUCGGUGUCGAUUCUGUUAAUAAAACAAACAAUGUCUCUGGAAUUGAAGCCAUGUGCCCCUCAUCCAAAGAAGAUUUUGUUGCGUUUGAAAAAUUACUGAAAGAUAAGAUAACACAGUUUGAAAAAUCAGUGCAUUAUUCCAGCUUUUUGGAGUCACUGUUUAGAGACCUUUGCAUUUCGUUGGAAUUAGAUGACCUGAAGAAAAUAAGCAGUGCUUUGUCUGUUCUGCUCAGUGAAAAACAAAAACAAGAAAAGGCAAAGAAUGCAAACAAGAAAAAGAAGAAGGGUGUAGUGCCCGGUGGUGGUUUGAAAGCAAACAUGAAAGAUACCUUUGAUGAUUAUGGUGCUCUUGAUGGUGGCUACGGCAAUGAGUAUGAUGACUUCAUGUGACAAAGGUUCAGUGUCCCCCUUUCCAUUCCCACAAUGCUCAAACGCCCCUGCAGACAUGCAGCAGUACCCUAUCAUGCUUCUCAGCGCCAUUUUGGAGUAAAAUGGACAAUGUGUCAACCCUUUUUACUUGGUUUUAAGUGGUGACAAACUUUUCAUAAAGCUGCUAUCACCCUACUGGUGACAAAUGGGCAAAGCAAAUUUAUUAAGAUGGCCUUGAAAUCUUAUUUUAUAUCUUCAAAACAGAGACUUUAUGAUACGGACAAUUUUGGUGGAGGUGUCUCCUUUCAUUGUCCUUCAAUGCCUUAGGAAACUUUGUAAAAAAUGUGUUUUUGUUUUGGUUGAAAGUGACUUGGUUUUUUAAAGCUGUGCAAUUUCAGUUACACAAAAGUAAAUGUGAUGCUCUAUGCAAGUUCAUUUCUUUUAAGAAUGAUUGUGUGAUUUAUCCACAGUUGCAAACAGAAACACAGCAUUAGAUUUCCAAACUUAAACCAGAUGAACGUAAUUUAUCAUUUACAAUCAGAAGUUGAAAGUUUGCCAUUGCUUUUAGUUUAAACAGUGAUAUUUAACAGAGGUGGUGGCACAUUGAUUAAAUGAUGGAUCUGAACACUUGCAAAGUGAAAGUAAAACUUCACUAAACAGCUUGACUCUGUUGAACCCUGAUCAUGCCAUAUGAGCAACAAAGCACAUUAGAAUAAUGCAACUUUUUAGUUUUCCUCAAGUAUUUUAAAAGAAACUAGUAUUGUAGCACCCAAUCAGAUAAUGAUGCUCAAAAUAUGAGUACAUAUUUGCUCCUGAUGGUGGAUUAAUACUAGGUAAAGUCAAGUUAAUGCUUUCUUUUGACCCUAGCAGUGUGUAUAGAGUAAAAAUAAAUUCAAGCUUUUACUUGGACAAAAUGUGACAGUGAUACUACAAAGGCAGCGUUUCUUUUUUUAUUAAAGAAUGAAAUUAAUAAAGUCAUUGGUCUAAAUGAAUCACAUGGUAUUUUUGGAAAAAGUUAGAAAAAGUAAAAAAAAAUGUUUUUAGAUUAGUAAAUGACAAAUGUCACGUUUGUUUGAGUGAAAGUGAGAUGUUUAAAUGCAUUGUCUUUGAUAAUCUGAAGUAUGCAAUAAAUAUUAUUUACAAUUUCAA